UUAAAUUUGCUUCUUUGUCUUUUUAACAGUAUGUGUUUUUAUGAAGUUUCAAAUAAAGUAGUCGUAAUUAAAAUUACAGAAACCAAAAAAUGGUUUAUACGCCACUUUUAGAUAAUAGUCCUGCUCGAGUUCCUGUUAAUCAUGGUACAACAAAAUAUAGUAAAUUGGAAAAUGAAAUUGACAGUCCAAAUAGACAAUUUUUGGGAGAUACAUUACAGCAACAAAAUGACAUGAUGAGGCAACAAGAUGAGCAAUUAGACAUGAUAGGUGAAAGUAUUGGAACACUUAAAACAGUAUCUAGACAAAUCAAUACUGAAUUAGAUGAACAAGCAGUUAUGUUGGAUGAAUUUGGUAAUGAGUUAGAAGUGACGGAUUCUAAACUGGAUGCAACAAUGAAAAAAAUGGCCAAAGUUCUUCAUAUGAGUAAUGAUCGGAGACAAUGGGUAGCCAUUGGAGUGUUGACCGCUAUAUUGGUGUUUCUAAUAAUUUUAUUUAUAAUUAAAUAA